AUGACAUUAUAUCGUUUUCGUAACUGUACAUUAAUGCGUAAUCAUGCAUUAAUUAUUGAUGAUCUAUGGAUACGUCAUGGAAAAAUAAUUGAUCCUGAGAAAAUAUUUUUCGAUGAAAAAAUUCAAGCUGAUAUUGAAUAUGAUUGUCAAGGAGUAAUUAUAGCAUCUGGAUAUAUAGAUUUACAAAUUAAUGGAGCAUUUGGACAUGAUUUUUCAUCACCGAAUGAAGCUAAUGACGAUAUGUUAAUUGAUGUUGCAAGAAAAUUAACAUCACAUGGUGUUACAGCUUUUCUUCCAACUAUUGUUAGUUCAACUAUUGAUACAUAUAAAAUGAUAUUACCAAAAUAUAAACGACGAGCCGGUUCAGCAAAAAAUGGAGCAACUAUUCUUGGUAUUCAUAUUGAAGGUCCAUUUAUUAGUGAAAAUAAACGUGGUGCACAUCGAACAGAUUUUCUACGUAAAAGUCCAAAUGGUAUUGAAGAUUUAUUAUCUUGUUACGGUUCAUUUGAUAAUGUUUCAAUAGUUACAAUUGCACCUGAAAUUUAUAAUAUGAUUGAUAAUGUUAUACCUGAAUUAGUUGAAAAAUAUGGUUUAGUUGUAUCAAUUGGCCAUUCAAUAGCUUCACUCGAUGAUGGCGAACGUGCUGUUUGUUCUGGUGCACGAUUUAUAACACAUUUAUUUAAUGCAAUGCUUCCAUUUCAUCAUCGUGAUCCUGGUCUUGUUGGUCUUUUAACAAGUCAUCGUCUUCCAGUAACAACUGUUAUUCAUUAUGGUUUAAUUGUUGAUGGAAUACAUACACAUUCAGCUGCUGUACGUCUUGCACAUCGUGUUCAUCCACAAGGUCUUGUUCUUGUUACUGAUGCUGUACCACCAUUAGGUUUACCGGACGGUAUUUAUCAUAUGGGUGCUGAAAAAAUAGUUGUGGAAAAAAAACGUGCAACAAUUGCUGGUACACAAACAUUAUGUGGUAGUAUUGCAUCAUUAUCUGAAUGUGUACAAAAUAUGAGACAAGCUUUACUUGAUGGUGAAACAAAUAAAUGUAAUCAAAAAAAUUUAGAUGUCAAAGAUAAAUAUAAAUUUAUUGUGGAAUCUAUUGAAGCAGCAACACUUCAUCCAGCUUCAGUACUUCGUAUUGAAAAUCAAAAAGGUACAUUAUCAUAUGGUGCUGAUGCUGAUUUUAUUUUACUUGAUGAUAAACUAAAUGUAUUAUCAACAUUUAUUGCCGGUGAACAGGCUUGGACAGUCAAUGAUAAAUGGUUAAUUAAUAAUCUUCGUAUAAAUUAA